AUCAACAUACGUAAACAUUCAUCAUCUAACGAGGUCAGAUUGACCAAAAUGAACAGUUUUAAGGUAAAGAUUAUGUACCACGUGUUUUCUGUAGUUUUUGUCCUUUUUCAGGUGUGCAGUUGUUAUAAUACCUGUGGUAUGUGGGUUUCGAGAGCAUCUGUCCUGAUGUGUCUAUCCUUAUCUGUGUGUGUGAGUAUCUUGUGGGUGUGUGUACGCACUGAGUUGUAAAAGGGGUUUCUACACGUGUGUUUGGGUGCAUGUGUGGAGUGGGAUAACAGAGUCAUAUAGAUGCCAUCUGUGUAGGAGUGAGUGGAGCGCCUCGCUCUGGGUCUCUCUUCCUCAUCAAAUCUCCACUCACUCAUAAUGAGUGACAUCACUGGAGUUCCCCCAGGAGGAAACAGAUUUUAAAAAGAGCCGCUCGCUGAGUGUCAGUCAACACACCACAGCAGCUGGACCAGAAGGACGACAGCUCUCAACCAGGCUGCGAAGACCUUAACUUUGACUUGAAAAGCGACCGAAGGAACUCAUUCAAAACAAUGGAAGGAGAAUGCAAAGUGCAGCUGGACGCCGCGGUCGACGCAGAAGCCAGGAAAGGGACAACGCAGAGUGUCAGAGCCGGCCCAAAACUAACCACUAUCCUGCUGACAUUCACACUCUGCCUCGCUGCUGCUGCUACUGUCGCUGUAUCCGCCUUCAAUAGGCAUGCCAAGGGCCCAGGACAAGACGAGGAAAACAAUUUUGAACUUCAUCAUACAUUGAGAGAGAUUAUGAAUGUAAGAGCGGCCAUUCAUUUACAAGGAGAAUACAACUCUGACCUGAGGACCUCAGUGCAAUGGAGGGAACAGGUGGACCAGUCACACUCACAAGGAGGGCUACGACUUGACAACAAUGAAAUAGUGAUUCCUGCAAGUGGCCUCUACUUCAUUUACAGCCAAGCGUCUUUCCGUGUCAGCUGCAGCAUCAGUGACGACGACGACGACACCACCUCAAGGCCCUUGGUCCACCUGAGCCACACUGUGCAGCGCUGGUCCCCCAAGUAUGGGAACGAUGAUGCCAACAAGACGUAUGUGCCAAUCCUGCACUCUGUCCGCACUGCCUGCCAAAAGACAGCGAGCAGCAGCCCAGAUGAUGAGGGGAGCUGGUUUUCUGCGGUGUAUAUGGGCGCUGUGUUCAGCCUGAGCAAAGGGGACAGACUGCAAACAGUGAUGGAGGAGAAGAUGCUGCCCAUGCUGGAGGAUGAGCCAGGCAAGACUUUCUUUGGGGUGUUUGCUUUGUGAGGACAGGUGUCUGAAGGCAACAGGCGACAGUAUGAAUGCUGAUGACAAAAAAAGCCACCAAGCUUCAUUGUAGCGCCACAUGAAAGCCUUCCGCUGCUGAAUGUAAGACACCCACUGAAGAGUUUACACUGCACAAAACAGUCAGUGCAACUUUGAAUGACUGCAUUAGCAAGUCACUCAAAGUCUGCAAGUGAACAGACUUAAGUUAACUGUAGCAGCGAACAAGCAAGCUCACUGUUAAGUUAUGUAUUACCACAGAUUAUUAUUAUUUUGGUCUAUAAUGUUAAGUACUAUGUACUAUUGCAUUAUGUACUGUGUACUGUGUCAGUACCUUUUGCUGUACUGUAAUGCUACACCUGUACUCUCUGACAUUUGUAGAAUUUAAUAUAAUAAUGCUGCAGCUGCGUAUUUAUUAUGUCACUACAGGGUGAUAAAAGUGGAUUUUAGAGGGUACAUUUAUUCAACGCAAACUGAUCAUAUAGAUGUUAUUUAUUUAAUUGAUGUUAUUUAUUUACUUAUUUAUUAUUUAUUUCUGCUCUCUUGUAUUUUGUCUAAUGAAUGCCUACAUCCCUAAACUGUAUUUAUGCUGGAUUUUGUACCUAAUUUAUGAAAUUAUUUAUUGAACAGAAUAAUCAAUUUGAACAAUUGUUUGUCAUUCCAAUUUGUCCUGUUUACACGUGCAUAUGAUGGUGCCUGUGGUGCUUUCACAUAUUUGAAUAAAUAACGAUUUUGACAAGAAAAGUCUGUUUGUGAGGGCUGUGUUCAGUGUAUGGAGCCAAUCACAAUUUUUGUUUACGAUCACUUCCAGCUGGA